AUGGAGCGAUGUUUUCGCAAUAUCAAGACUGAAUGGGGUUUCUCGAGAUGUAUUUCUCAUGCAACAUUCAAAGAUCCUUGUAAUGGUUACCUUUUCAAUGACGAAUGUGUCUUUGGACUAGAUGUAUAUGUCACCAGGAAUCACGGAGUAGGUGAAUGUAUGUCCUUGUUGAAAGACGUCAAGGCUUAUAAGCUUGAAUGGACGAUUUCUGAAUUCACAAAAUUGAAAAAUAAGUUGUUCUCUGAAGUGUUUACUGUUGGAGGUUACAAAUGGAAAAUUUCGCUAUAUCCUACAGGUAAUAGUGAACAAGAAGGCAAGAGCAUCUCCAUCUUUCUUGAAUCAGCUAAUGCUAAAGGAUUUGAUAGUCAAACAAGGAUCCAGGCAAAAUAUUCCAUUUUUGUCAAAGACAAGAUUAGUGGUGCACAUUGCAAGAUGACUGGUACAUCCUCUUUUUCCUUAAUUUUGAACUGUUUUGGUUUCUGCAUUAGUGGGUAA